AUGUUUCAAGAGCUAAGGGUCAAAGAAAAUGUGAAACUUGAAAAUUUCCUCAGCCACUAAAAGGAAAAAUGAUUUAUUUUAAUGGCUCUCAAAGUUGCUUAAACCCAGUAAUCUUCUAUAUACAUUAAUGUUUUACUUCUGUUUCACGGUGCAGGGAAAAACCGGUCACAGUGAAAGAAUUCAUUAUUGUGCAUGACUAAAAUAUAUUUAAUAUUUGUCCAUUAUUUUUUUCAGAUUAAGUGGGAGGGAAUGUGUGGCACAUUUUAGCACAUUUAGGUAUAAACUGGGAGUAGUCAAUGAAAUUCAGGUUUCACAAGAUGAAAGCAUGGCAGGAAGUAUCUGAUUGCUACCGAGAAACAUGUUUCAGGAAGCUAAUCUUAAAAAGAUAUAAACAGCAUGCUUAUCCAACUUGCUUGGGGGAAAGAAUGCAGUUUUAAGUUGUUUAGAUUAGUGUGUACAAAGAUACUGUUGCCAGUUGUAUCACUUUUUGAAGAGGUGUGGGUGCCAAAAAGUAAGUUUGGGAUUGUUUUAGUAUCUGUUAAUUUUUAAAUGGGGACGGGGUGGUGAUGGAGAUGGUUUUCUACUCAAAGCUGCUCCUGUUGGUAAAUGUUUCUUUUACAGACUUUGUUUAAAAAAAAAUCAUGUGUUUAAGUGAAACCAUCCAAAGGGAAAUAGGAUUAGGGAUACUGAAUUCUGUGAUUAAAGUUAAUCCUAAAAUAUAAAUAAAAUAUAGAAAGUGGCCUUCAAAAAUAAAAUACAUAAAAUCAUAGUAGCAAGCAGACCAGCGUCCUUCUUCCAACUCCCCAACCAGGGGUUUCUUUUACCGUCUUGCUCAGAUGCCUGCCUCUGAGUAGCCGUAUGGUGUUUGUGUAUGUCAUAGGCUGGGGGUUGUCACUUAAGAAUGCUCUGUCCCUGGAAUCAGUAGGUGCAGCUGCCAGUAACCUGCCUGAAGGAUGGCUGAACCCCUGUGGCUCCGGUUCCCAGCAUUAAGUGGCCUUCCUCUAGGUCAUUCCCUCAGAUUUGGUCCCGAGCCAGUGGGAAAGUAGGCUCCGAGGAAGUCAAUCAAGAGGGGAGAGCAAAGGAGAUGCUCAGAACAAAAGAAGGAUGAUGUCAGUGUCCUAGUUAGUGCCCUUCUGUAAGAAGCGGGAAAUAAGUGCUCUCUCAGAUUCUUGUUGUUGCCAUUGUUUGCUUUUUAAAACCUUUAAAAAAAAUUGUGAAGUGUAAUACACAUUUUUAACUGGCCCACUGAGAUUCUUCCCUUCUUACUCUGCUACCGUAACUGUUCUUUCUUCUGGUGAUGAUUGCAGAAGAUAACAGUUGGAGGCUUUGCUAACAGAAGAAGACAGGAAUAAAUGUUGAGAUGAAAAAAAACAACAACAACAACAAAAAUAUCAGCGAAAGAAUAAGUUUGAGACCCCUGCAAAUAAAAAACAAAACAAAACAAAAACAAUUCUGAAAUCCCAUGGGAAAAAGACAAGGUGUGAGGAGAGAAGGGGAGAAAUGAAGACAAGGCCUGGGAUCUUCCAGUCCUAUUUUGUAACGGAUUAUGACCCAACCAUCGAGGAUUCCUACACAAAGCAGUGUGUGAUAGAUGACAGAGCAGCCCGGCUAGAUAUUCUGGAUACAGCAGGACAAGAAGAGUUUGGAGCCAUGAGAGAGCAGUAUAUGAGAACUGGCGAGGGUUUCCUGUUGGUCUUUUCAGUCACAGAUCGAGGCAGUUUUGAAGAAAUCUAUAAGUUUCAAAGACAGAUUCUCAGAGUGAAGGAUCGUGAUGAGUUUCCAAUGAUUUUAAUUGGUAAUAAAGCAGAUCUGGAUCAUCAAAGACAGGUAACGCAGGAAGAAGGACAGCAGUUAGCACGACAACUUAAGGUAACAUACAUGGAGGCGUCAGCCAAGAUUAGGAUGAAUGUAGAUCAAGCUUUCCAUGAACUUGUCCGGGUUAUAAGGAAAUUUCAAGAGCAGGAAUGUCCUCCUUCACCAGAACCAACACGGAAAGAAAAAGACAAGAAAGGCUGCCAUUGUGUCAUUUUCUAAGAAUCCCUUGAAUUUUAGCUACCAACUGCCAGGAAAAGCCCUCAUCUUCUCCUUUUCUCCUUAUGGUUUACAUCACAUCACGUUGGUACCUUUUCUAGCCUUAGACAAAUGAUCACCGUGGUAGCCUUAGACUAAGAAGCUGGCUAAUCCUUUCUGUGAAGCUAAUCCUAUGGUCAUUUCAAGACAGAUUUAAAGGAAACACUAAGGCUGCUUCAAAGAUUAUCUGAUUCCUUAAAAAUAAUUGAUCUACAUACACAGACACAUUCUUUUUUAAGGGCUUACAUUUUAAUAGGGAUGAAUCCAUUUUGGAACGUAAGCUGUUUGCCAAGCCGAAGUCAUAGGUUGUGAAAUAACUUUUAACUUCUGGAAUCCUAUUGCCUGUUGUUACUCUAAAUAGAAAUGUGAGGAGUUUUUUUAAAAUGUGAAUUUUUGCCUAUCUCUAAAAAUUUUGAUGUCAGCUUCAGUUAACCUUAAAUACACUGAAUUGAAUCUGCAAAAGUGAGACAUCUCGACCUUUACUUAUGUACAGCCUUUGUUUUCCAGUGGCCAAAAUACCAAAAUGCCUAUUGUAUUUGUAGAAUAAAACUGCAUAUGAAGCCUUUAUUAAGUGCUCCAAUCCUAAAGAUGAUGAUAAUGUUCUGUGUGGCCAAAUAUUUGGACUUAUUCUGGACUUAGGCAUUUCAGUGUUCUUGGUUUUUUUAAGUUAACUCUUUUCACAGCCAUGUUGAGAGUAAAAAAUAAUUUCUAUCUUCCUUUUCAAGUAUUUCUGGAUAAGGGAUUCAAAGAAACUAAAACUGUUUUUGUUUGUAAUAUAAAAUAUGGAAUUGAUCUUUCCAGGUCAGAGAUGAUUAAUGUUUUUGCUAUAUACUUUUAUACAUUAUUUUCUUAUCAAACUAGUUAACAAGUAUUUUUAUAUGUUUGUAAGCAAAUAUGCUUUCACAGCAUACCUUGUGUAUAUGUAAAGAUAAGUAUUUAAUUCUCACUGUUCACUUUUAACUGACAAAGAGAAAAAAACAGUGAAAACUACAGAAACUGUGGUAGAACUUUACUUGCCGUACUGGUCCUGGUCCUGGUGGCGCCACCUCUGGCCAGUCACACACCUGCUUGAGAAACCUUCUCCGUAGAUUACAACCGGAUGAGAAUCUGAAGUCACUUUUGGUAUCCUGUACUAGGUAUUGACUGUUAUAUCAAGUAGUAAGUUGUAAACCUUUUAAUUGACAAUUAGUAUAACUGUGGAUGGCUUCUGAUUUUGUUUUUAAUUCUGUGGAUUGUGUUUAAACAAUUCAAAAGUAUGUUCCUGAUUGUGAGAUACUAAGUGGUAUUGCACAGUUGUCACUUUAUUGAAUGUGUACAACAGUCCCAUGAAAUUGAUAAAGCGUACCCUUGUAUAGCUUCAGGUGCUAGAAUUAAAAUUGAUCUGUUAU